ACAUCAGGUACCUCGACCAUUAGGUAAACUGCCUAGGGCCAUACAGGUCAAAGCUUCUCUGCAUCUGGCAUCUGGCAUCUGGCAUCCACCCAUCCAACCUGCCAGUUACGUCGUAAGGGCAUUGCUUAAAACCUAAACUUUAAAAAAUUAAAGUUUAUCCCCCCAGCCAUUUGAUUUUGAAUGGCCUGGCAUAUGUACAUUAACUUUUAAGUAAGUGCAUUAAUGCCCCACUCUUAUCCUUCCAUUGCUUGAGCCUCAUUGAAUAUCAUGACCCGUUGUCUAGAUGAGAGAGAGUCUCAAUCCUACAAGUUUACAGUAACGAACAACAAAUAAGAUUGUUGAUUUGUAACUGACAGUCCGAGCAGCAGUUUGAACCACCACCAACAGCAGUAGGCUUACUUGUUAAACCAAAUUCAUAAAAAAAAUAAAAAAGGAAAAAGGAAAGAGGAAGAAGAAGACAAUGGCUACCCGUCGUAUCAUUUCCACCGAGAAGACCAUCCUCGACAAAGAUGACGACGACCUCAAGCCCGGUUCCCCCGGACAGCAGCAGCAGUCAGGCAGCAGUAUUGCGCCAGCCGUCCCUCUGGAUGUAAUCAUCAAGCUAUUAGCAUUCACCUUCGCCAUGGUGAUCAUACCAAUCGGAUCCUAUUUCCUAACCGUAAACACCGUUUUCAAAGGAAAUUCCACAUACGCGGGAGCCCUGGCGGCCAUCAUGGCAAAUGUAGUCCUCGUGGGCUACGUGAUCGUGGCCAUGAAUGAGGACCAGUCGGACCAGCUGGCGACUAAGAAGAAAGUGGGGAAGAAAGAUUAGUUUAAGUACCUAUCAGAGUUGUCUUAAACACUUCAAAGUCUCGCUGUGUUAGGAAAUUUACCUUAUGUACUCUUCGGGGGGAGGGUGGUUGUGAUGUUUGGAAGAUGGUAACUUGUUCACUGGCUACAUAGAAGAGAGAGUAGCGACGGUAUGUUCAUAUUCAAAAACUUA